UUCCGACAAAUGAACAAUCCUCCCACCUGAUGCGGAGAAUUGACGAUGAGAUUCGCGGAAGAGGUAGGUUCGAUAAGCAAAUCGACGCUCAAGGAUCCUCAAGGUCGACGAUAGACGUGCAGGAUCAAGUCCGACUCCACUGCAGAAAAGAGGUCAGGAAAGAGGUCGAGAUGCUUAAUCUGAAUUCCCCACGGUCACCCACCAGAAACUCGAGUUGUGUGGGAACUUCUCACUAUCCGCACGUUGUCAAAACAGUCAAUGGUUCUGAUCCACCAGGGAGGCGGCGUGUAAGUGGGUCUAACACAAUCAGCAGUGCUAGAGGGAAAUUUCGCUAGCCAAUUUUUGCUUCGCGUCAACAAUGCGCGCGAAAUUGACCAGGAUGACUCUGAUGGGAAGAUCACAACUGCCAGGGACAACGCGUAUAGAUGCGGAGACAGGGCGAAGGAAGAGUGAAAAGUAAGGGGGGGAGGGUAGAACAAGAGGGCAAAAAAAGAAAACGAAAAAGAAUGAUAAAAUAAAAUAGAAUAAAAUAGAAAAAGCUUAGGAAAUUUUGUUCCAAGAGGGAACACCCAAGGUAGCCGUCCCUAGGGUAGUCACGGGAAUGGAGGGAGGAGGAGGGGGGGUGGA